CACCGCAGCCACCAACAGUAUGUAGUUUUCAAGUCAGUAUUUGAUGGACAACAAAAAUCUUACCCUGCGUUACUAAACUGAGCGUAACUGAUAAUUAAACCUUUAAACACAGCACAGCUUAAUCGUUUAUAAUCAGAAUUGAAUCCAGUAUUAAUAGUAGGUGAAUGUUUUGAUAACUUCCUGUUAAUUUCUCUAACGUCAAUCUGACGCAACAUUACAUAGAGUCGGUCAUCUCCACUAUGAUGUCAACACAGCAGAUAAUUGGCCCUCUUGCUCGUUGUAGGCGGUCCCUCCAAUCAAACUUGCCCACGAUUGGUUGAUUCUAUCCAUGUCUGGGGUAUUCCAUUGGUUAGAACAUUUUUCUUUUGAGAUGUACAGGAAGUCGGCUGUCUCUCUUUCUCCGAGUACAGAAGCCGUGCGAGGUGGUGGCGUGUCCGGGUGGCUCUGGGUUAGCCGGUGAAUAAAGUGGAAAAAUGGCGGAUACAUUGGCACUUUUCACUUCAAUUGGACUAAGCGAGCAGAAAGCGAAAGAAACUCUGAAGAAUGAGGCGUUGAGUUCUGCUCUAAAGGACGCAAUAGUCCAGGUGAGAACGGGUCUAUGUGGAAACUACAGCGAGGAGGGACAGCUGGGCACUCUGCUUGACAGACACUUUUGUAUUCACUUUCAGUUUUAUUCAGCUUUUAUCAAAAGUCCCAUCAAGGAGGGGUCAUUUUGGGUGUUUAUUGAAGUUUAAAUGGAUGUUUUGGGCGGGGGUUCAUUUCCCUUUCCUUUUUAACAUUCCUAAGCUUGUAAUUUUUCAGCCCUCCCUGGAUUAAAACCAUCCAUUUAGACAAAUUCACCCUGUGAUCAAGGCGAAAAAUGUCUCAAGUUUCUCUUCACUUGAUCCAAAGGCUCUUGUCCUACACUUCCUAAAUCUGAAAACAACUAACUCUUGUUUCAUCUCACCUGUUUCUAUAGGCCCAAAAUGUUCGUGGUGCAUCAGGACUGGACAAAGCCAUGGGCACCUUGCUGUAUACUAUGACAUCUCGUCUAAAAGACACCAAACGCCUGUCAUUCCUGUCAGACAGCAUAGCCCAGUCCAAAAUCUGUACCGAGCUGCAACUUGCAGGUAAUUCUACAUGUUUAUUAUUCAAAUUUAUUUUUAUGGCAUUUUCAGACAAAAAAUGCAGUUCAAAGUGCCUCACGGGGCUAAAAACAACAAUUAACAACAAUAAAACCUGACCCUCCCACACACCCAUCCAUGGACACACACACCCAACGUCACUCACCCACACAAGCACACACAGAGUGAGAAUUUAAGAUAUAUAGUUAAAGAGACAUGGCCUGACACCGAGACAUUAUGUGAGGAAAGAGCUACCUAUGGAAACACUGGAGAUAAAAGAAUAAAAAAUGGUAAAAAGAAAGACUAAAACCUGACUGAACUGCACUGAAACAAAAAAAAUAAUAUUAAAUGAACAGAUAAGUAAUAGCUCUUUACUGUGUAAAAGAAGUGAAAAUCUGUAUGACGAGAAUUAAGAAAAAGACUAAGAACAGAGAUAAUUAAUAAAAUGACAUAAAAUAAACAUGAAGAACUUCAAUUGAAAUGGAAAUCUGCAAAAGGAGAAAUAUAAAAAGGCAAUCAGUGAAAAGCCUGGUUCAAAAGGUGAGUCUUGAGCCUCUUCUUAAAAACAUCAACAGUCUCUGCAGCCCUGAGGCUCUCCGGCAGGCUGUUCCACAACAGCGGACCAUAGAAACUGAAAGCCACCUCCCUGUGUGUUUUUGUUUAAACCCAAAUGUUUCAACCCAAGCUUAAUUUCUUUGAAUACUAACCCAGCAGAAAUGACUAUCAGCUAACUUUUUAUUUGAGUAUUGUAAUACAUGUGAUUUGAAUUGCUUAUUAUCUACAAAAUUUUAUGAAUGAUUCAUAAAAGGCUGGGUACAUAUGUUAAUGGACCGUCUGUUUUGCAGCUGCAUUGGAGUUUGUGAAGAGCCACCCUCAGGACCCCAUCAACCAAAAGGAGUUUGAAGAAGCAUGUGGAGUGGGUGUGGUUAUCACUCCAGAGCAGAUUGAGGAUGCAGUAAGUGCAUGACCUGACAUCUCCAUGAAGUACGACACUUACAAGUAGGGCUGGGCGAUCAAAAAUUCGAAAAUUAAUUUCCCUCGAUAUCAAUAUGCUUUUCAAUAGUCAGCAUUCUGCCAUGUUGUGGUGAACUAUAUGAAUAGCCUAUGAAAGGCGAGUUUCUCCGGGUCGCGCUGCGCUGAGCCAAACAUGUGCUGAAUUAGAACCAAGUAGCAAACAACGUGUGUGUGGGUGUUGUGACAGUGAUGAAUUUUAUUUUUACAGGUGGAGAAGGUGAUCAACAAGCACAAGGAACAGCUGUUAAAGGAGAGGUACCACUUCAACACGGGACCGCUAAUGGGUAUAGUCUUGUUCUUUAUGGAGCAUUGUUGUGACUGUUAAAGCCUAUCAGAGACAGUGUCUCAAUGAGCUUUUAUAUGUGUUGCAGGGGAGGCACGUGCGGCUCUGAAAUGGGCUGAUGGAAAGGUGAUAAAAAAUGAGGUCGACAUGCAGGUGUGUUUUUCAAGUAGUACAAAUUGAAUAACUUUCAUUUGAUUUUAUGUUCACAUCUGAGGUUCUUCUUAAGCCUUUCCUACUGUGUAACAUAACAUGAUUUGUCUUUGUCUUUUUAAAGGUUCUACAUCUCUUAGGCCCCAAGACAGAGGCAGACUUGGAGAAGAAAGCUAAGGUAGACAUCCUCCUUUGUUUAAAAGAAAAUUUUCCAAGAUUAGACUACACCCAUGAUUAAUCUCCAACUACUUUACAGCCCCAGAAAGUUAAAACUGCAGAGAAUGAGCCAAAGGUGAAAAAAGAGGAAGUGGCAAUGAACGGUAAGCUGCAAACAGCAUACACGGCAGAGUGAAAGUGUUGAUAGUCUCUGUGUACCAAGUGGCGUGUUUGUUUGUUAACUUCGCUUGUUCUUUGAUGGCUGAGUAGGCGAGGCGAUGACAGGGGAAGGAAAGUCACUCAUGGAGCAGCUUCGAGGCGAGGCACUGAAGUUCCAUAAACCAGGUGAGAAGGAAAUGCCUGGACAAGAGUGCAGAUGCAGCUCUGAUUGUUGUUUACCUUAUAAAAGCUAAUUACAGUUUUCUGCAUCCUCUGUCUUCAGGAGAGAACUAUAAAACCGAGGGCUAUGUAGUCACACCAAACACGAUGAACUUGCUCAAAAAGCACCUGGAGAUCACUGGUGGGCAGGUACAAAUCUUAACGUGUUACUUUAAUUUUGAGAGGAGAUAUAUUAGGUUUGAGGUAAUAUGGUAUUUUAAUGUUUCUCCUUACAUUUCUUUUAGGUACGCACUCGUUUUCCUCCUGAGCCUAACGGUAUCCUUCACAUCGGACACGCCAAAGCAAUCAACUUCAAUUUUGGAUUUGCAAAGGUACAAGUCUUUCUGUCCUUUAUUAUCCCUCUGUUAGUCUGGCUGUUUAUUUUUCUAACUCUGUCCCUUUCCACAGGCAAACAAUGGGAUUUGUUUCUUAAGGUAUGAUGACACAAAUCCAGAGAAAGAAGAGGAAAAAUACUUCACUGCUAUCAAAGACAUGGUUGAGUGGCUUGGUGAGUUUUUAACUUAAAGAUACUGUGAGUGACUUUCAGUUUGGGUUGAUUUUGGUGCCCCCCUGUGGACAAAGUUGCUGUCUUUACUGAUCAUGUCCUAUUUAAUUGUAAUAAGUUAUUUUUUCCAUCUCAUCCUGCUGCUUGACUUUACCCUCUAAUGUAGUACGGCAAAAGACAACAGUCAUGAAGAUAACUUAGUAACUUUUUCUUCUUCUUCAUCUAGGCUACCAACCUUGUGCUGUCACGCAUGCAUCCGAUAACUUUCAGCAGCUCUACGAUCUUGCAGUGGAUCUUAUUCGGAGGUAUGAAUAUGAACUUUGUGUGUUAGUCAGUGUUUAAAAAGCAUACUCAAGUUUAACACCAUUUUUUGAUGUCCCAACAGGGGUCAUGCCUUUGUGUGCCACCAGAAGGGCGAGGAGCUGAAGGGCCACAAUGUUCCUCCAUCACCAUGGAGAGACAGACCCAUCGAGGAGUCCCUGGUGUUGUUUGAGAGGAUGAAGAAGGGGAUGUUUGCGGAGGGUGAGGCGACGCUCAGGAUGAAGAUGAUCAUGGAGGAUGGGAAGAUGGACCCUGUGGCCUACAGGAUCAAAUAUACAGCUCAUCAUCGGACAGGAGAUGAAUGGUACACAAACAGGAACUUAUUUUGCCCAGGGAGUGUCAUUAAAAGCAAAAAGUUUAUCAUAACUGAUUUUGCUUUUCUUUACAGGUGCAUCUACCCAACAUAUGACUACACCCACUGUCUGUGUGACUCCAUUGAACAUAUCACACACUCGCUUUGUACCAAAGAGUUCCAGGCCAGGUAUUCAUAAAUUCUUCUAAAACUACUCGAUAGCAUACAGAGUCUUGCAAAUAUUGACCUUCUUAUUCAUGUUUAUUGCAGGAGGUCAUCAUAUUUCUGGCUGUGCAAUGCUCUGGAUGUGUACUGCCCUGUCCAGUGGGAAUAUGGGCGCUUGAACCUCACCUACACUGUUGUGUCGAAGAGGAAAAUCAUCAAACUGGUAGAGACAGGAGUUGUCAGGUAAACUAGCAUUUCUCAAGCAUUUUCCCCCCAGUUUGUUCGUUAUUUAUGAACUCAACAGUCUGCAUUGUCAUAAAUGUAAUAAAAGGGCCAUAAAAGGCGAAGCAGUUGCUCAUCACUGUAUUGAAAUUUCAAGGCUGAAACAGCUGUUGAAGUCAGAGCUCUAUCAUGUCCCACAUAAAAACUGACACUGAAGCAUAUUUUCUGUCAGCCAGACGUAUUUGAUCCACAUUUAUGUUUAUGAACUCAUGGUUAGCUUUUUGUUAUUUUUAGUCUUUCCAAACCCACUAAAGCUUUUACUUUCUUUUACUGCUAAUUGUUUUAAAAUACACAACCUGUCAGGCGACACACACGAUAACACAAUAAUUCUGUUGUCUUUAAAGUGAUUGGGACGACCCUCGGCUCUUCACCUUAACAGCGCUGAGAAGAAGGGGUUUCCCAUCAGAGGCCAUUAACAACUUCUGUGCCCGGGUAUGCAGAUGGUGUAGACAGAGGUAAUUUCACAUGCAAAGAUGCGUCUGCUUUUGUUCUAAUAUAUUACAUUUGGUGAUAGGUUGGAGUCACGGUUUCCCAGACAACAACAGAGCCUCAUCUUUUGGAGUCGUGUGUGAGGGACGUGCUGAACGAAACAGCACCCAGAGCCAUGGCUGUGCUGGAACCUCUAAAAGUCACCAUAAUUAACCUUCCUGAAAACUCAAAGGUUUGUUUCACAUUCAUCUUCUCUAUUCGGCCUUGUCAUACAGCAUUCAUUCUGCUCUCUACAUCAUAUUGAAUGUCAUGGGUUGAAUUUUUCCUGUUCUUCUGUACCACAGUCGGAUGUACGGGUACCAGAUUUUCCUGCGAACGAGGCAAAGGGCAGCCACACUGUACCGUUCACAAAAACGAUAUUCAUCGAACAUAGUGACUUCAGAGAGGUAAGAAAGAGAAACAGGAAUACUUCCAUGAUACAGAAACUUUUGGAUUGAGGAUGGAUGAUGCUGAUGGACUCAUUUUACAGGUGAUGGAAAAGGGCUACAAGCGUCUGACCCCAGAUCAGCCUGUCGGUCUGAGACAUGCUGGAUAUGUCAUCUCUGUCCAGAAGGUCAUUAAGGUAAGAGUCUGGAUUUUCAGACCAGAUUUGGCGUGGAUUUGUAAUGGCAUAGGCAAAGAAUGCAUGCGAUAUGAAGAGCUAGAAUGUCUUUAAACAACUCCAUCAUUUAGGCAGUAGAAGUAAGUAGUAUAAGUAUUCUUUGCUAGCUACCUCAGAGCUUCUGAAACGGCUUACUUCACAUUCCAGCUGGUUCAUAUUCUUAUUGCAUGUCUUGCUGAUGUCCACUGUCCCUCAGGAUGCUCAGGGUAAAGUGGUAGAACUGGAGGUGACUUGCUGCAGCUCUGAGACUGCGGAGAAACCAAAGGCCUUCAUUCACUGGGUCAGCCAGCCGCUGGUGUGCGAAGUGCGUCUCUAUGAAAGACUGUAAGUCACACAAUUUCUCAGCUCCUUCCCCUCUAUCACUUGUGUAAAAACUCUUUUCAAAGCAUUCUUGCUGUUUUUCUAGAUUCCUCCACAAACACCCAGAAGAUCCAUCUGAAGUGCCUAAUGGUUUCUUGAGUGACAUAAAUCCUGUGAGUAACUCUGCAGCACAGUUUUAAAAAAUGGCCUGUUUGGAUUCACUGAGAUGUUUGAGUGGUUAAAGUGGGCAUUUUUUUUGUCACUCAGAAUUCCCUGCAAACCAUCAGCAGUGCCUUAGUGGAUAUCUCAGUCAAAGGAGCAAAAGUUUUGGACAAAUUCCAGUUUGAGAGAGUCGGCUACUUCUCCCUGGACCCUGACAGCACUUCAGAGAAGGUACAGCUCAAAGAAAAUGCUCUUACCUCUAUAAUAAAUCAAGUAUCUGCUCGAAGCUCUAAUUUGAGCUGGUUUAGCCACUCUGUCAAAACACUGUAAUCUGUUCCUGUAACGUGAAUAUUAAGUGUCUUCUAAAUCAUUCUGUCUCUUCAGCUCAUCUUCAACAGGACAGUCACCCUCAAAGAGGACCCCGGGAAGAUCUGAUGGACUGAGAUCAUGCCACACUUCUGCUUCCUAUGAGCCCGCAGAUACAUCCAAAUCACGAGCAGCACUUAAUGUGUAAUAUCAGCAAGCACACGGACUACUAAAAUUGAGAUUGAGUUGAAUUAAAUAACAGCUACAUAUUGUAAGAACCAGUCAUAAUGAAAUUGGAAAGUAAAGAUUGUAGAUAUUUUUUUUAAGUAUCACAUUCUCAAUCUCAGGGUUGGUCAGUCAGUGUUGGUUUGUCUUUAUUAUUUUUCUAUAAACGCUCCAAUUACAGAAACAUACGGUUUUUCUUCUUUGCUGAAUGUAUGCAAUUUUGGAUUUCCUUGUCCAAUAAGGAAUAUUCUCUUAUAUUUCGAUUUAAUAUUGGCUUCUGGAUGAUGUUACACAGGUGCUUCAAAUGCCAUACACAACUUUUUACUGAGGUGGUAAGUCACUGCCAAAUUGCCAGAGUGGUUACUAUCUGUCCUUUUUACAGGAAAUGAGAAUAAAUAAAAUAGGACGAAAAUCUA